AUGAAAAUUGAAAAUAGUACUAUUAAUGAUCCCUUUUCUGUUUCUCAGAUUAUAGGAGAUAAACUAUUACAAGGAUGGACCUUGUUAAAUUCGAGCUGCCAUAUUUGCAAUAUAACUCCUCUUAUAAAACAAAAAAACAGAGAAGAACGAUUCUGUGUUAGAUGCAAUUUAUUCAUUAAAUUAGAGAAAUCAGAAAGUGAAGAAGACACUGAUAAUGUAAAAGAAAAUAAUGAAAAAAAAGAAGAUAAAGAAAAUAUUAAUGAUCCCAUUAAAUACGUUAAAGAGAUUAAAUUACAAAAUGAGGAAUUUAAUGAAUUAUUAAAUAAGAAUAAUAUUUCAAAAGAUGAAAUACAAAACCUUUUUGAAUAUAAAAAUUAUAUAAAAGAAAGAUGUGGAUAUGAAGUAGGUGAAUGGUUAAAUUUUAAUAAAGAGUAUAAUCAAAAUGGAAUGAAAAAUGAAAAUUCCGAAUUAAAAAAUGGAAGUAUUCAAUUAAAAAAAGAAAAUAAAUCUACUUCAAAAUGUGGAAAUAGAGAUUUUCUACCAAGUGAACAUGAAGAUUUAGAAAUAUUAAAAAAAAAUUAUAUCUCUAAUAAUGGCUUGUAUUCUAAUAGAUAUGGUAAAUUAGAAGCAGAAUUAUCUAUUUUAAAUAAAACCAAAGAUGUUUUUAUGGAUAAAUUAGAAAAAUACUCUGAUUAUUUAAUUAGAAGUAGCAAUAAAAAUGAUGAAAUGGAAUAUAUAAACAAAAUUGCUGAUGUUGUAACAAUUUUAGAAAAAGUAAAUAACCUAAAAAAAAAUAUGAUUGCUUAA